UCUUCAUCUUAUCGCUCAUGCUGUUGGAGAAGGAGUCGUAAUAAAGAAACCAUUUGAAAUCAUUGACAAUAUGAUUGAUAUGAAUAAUAAUAUACCUCAGUUUACUCAAUAUCCCUUUAAUGGAAAAGUUCCUGAAGCUGCUCCAAAAGAUUAUGAGUUUAUGACGGUCACAGCCACUGAUGCAGAUAAUCCAGAUACUGAUUUUGCUAAAGUCAGAUACAAAAUUAUCAGCCAAGAUCCACCAUCACCAAAUCCAAAUAUGUUUGCCAUCAAUGCUGUAACCGGACGGAUUCGUGUGAUCGGUUCAGGCCUGGAUAGAGAGAAAUGGCCCAAAUAUAUUAUAGUAAUUCAGGCUGCAGACAUGAAAGGAGAGGAAUACGCAUAUACAACGAUGGGCAGAGCUUUUAUUACUGUCACUGACAGCAAUGAUAACCUACUUCAAUUUGAUCAAGACACGUAUAAAGUUUCUGUCCCAGAGAAUCAAGUUGGAGUUGAAGUUGUCAAACUCACAGUUACUGAUGAUGAUGAACGUGACUCACCUGCCUGGUCAACCAAGUAUAAGAUUAUCAGUGGUGACAAAUUAGGAGUUUUUAAUAUCAGUACUGGACCCAGUCAGCUGGAGGGAAUCAUCACCACUGUGAAGCCGCUGGACUACGAGAAGAACAAGCAGUACGUUUUGUCUGUGAUUGUUGAGAACGAUCAUCCGUUUGUCACCCCUUUGCCCACCUCCACCGCCACAGUCACUGUCAAUGUUGAGGAUGUGAACGAGCCUCCGGUGUUUAAUCCAAAGGAGAAGCACAUUAUUAAACCUGAAGAUGUUCCUGUUGGUAGUGAAUUGGUUGCUUUUACAGCCACUGAUCCAGACACUGAAAGAUCACAGAAGUUAACGUACAGAAUCGGCAGUGAUCCCGCUGGCUUUCUCAGUGUCGUUGAAGAUACGGGAAUGAUCAAAGUCAAGAGUCUUAUGGACAGAGAAUCUAUUGAGGUCAAAUAUGGCAAAUACAAAGCCAUCAUUCUGGCCGUUGAUAAUGACGAAAGCGCUAGAGCGACCGGCACAGGAACCCUGAUCAUUGAGCUGGAGGAUGUGAAUGAUAACGCUCCCUAUAUUAAUGAAAGAGAAAUAAAGAUCUGUAAUCAAGAGGCGCCUCCAGUCCUCCUCUCCAUCACUGAUAAAGACUUACAUCCCAACGCUGGACCCUUUAGUGUUGAAACUUAUGGAGACACGAUGAAAAACUGGACAGCCAAGAUGAAUGAUUCAGGAACCGGCAUUGAGCUGAUCCUUAAAUCUGCGCUGGAGCCUGGCGUCUACAAUGUAGUUCUGAGAGUUUUCGAUCAGCAGAAGCUGAAUCAGGACAGCACGAUUAAAGCCACCGUGUGUGAUUGCAAGGGAGAAAGCGCUGUAUGCAGUGAGGCGCGGGCCGGAGUUGGUAAAUCAUUUGCAUCAUUUUGGCUCUGCUGUUUAUAUCCUAUCUACUGGUACAUUUUAUAAGACCACAGAUUUGUUUUGUACGGAGCCCCUAACACAGAGAAAAAAUU